AUGAGCACACCGGGAGGGGACGAGAGGCAGGAGGGAUACGACGGGGAGUCGAACAACUCCUCCAACUCUUACGCGACUGUCGCGUCCUCUGGUUCCAACGUCGCGCAGAGGCUCAUGGAGCUUGAUGGUGGCGCUCAGGAAGCGCAAGACGAGGCAGUCACCGACAAGUCGGCGUCUCCCUCCAUGCACCAAGGAAGCGCGUCAGUGCUGGUCCCUGACUUCAGCUUCCGGCCUAGACCCCGAUCAUCAUGCAGCCACUCGCCAAGGAAGGAAGACGCGCCGACCAGACGUGAGGAGGUUGUCGAGAAGGCUCAGCAUGUUCAGGCGCAUCUGAGAGCAUGCGGAUUCGAGGGGUUCCCGAUGAACGUGGAGGACAAGGGGCUGAGCUCGGACGUGCAGGACAGAUCAGCCACCAUGAGCGUGACUGAGGAUUUCAUGGCGCAGCUGCUGAUGAAGCUGGAAGAAGUGAUUGUUCAGUACAAGAAGCGAGGAGUUCUGGUAGAGGACUUCUUGACUGGGGACAAGUCUCCGUUGAAGCACAAACAGGGGCAGGAGGGUGUUGGUGAGAAUUCUCCCGAGAGCUUCGCUGACUCUCGUUUCUCUCCUCUCACAGACUCAUCCAACCUCUUCCUCCUCCAUGACUCCGAGAGGUCGAAGAAAUCUUCUCCUGACAGCCACCACCGCAAGGCGUUCAACCAGUGCCAGAUCGACUGGAGCUGCACGCAACCUGACCAGGGGCAGCAAGCGCGGGAGGACGAGCUGUUGCUGAGGAUCGAUGAGAUGAGGAGGAAGGAAGCGAAGCUCAUGCACAUCCUGCAUGAGAAGGAGCAGAUGCUGGAGCAGUGUCAGGAGAGGCUGCGUAUCAUGCUCAAAGAGAACGAUAGACGGAAGGAGACUGCUCUCAAAGUGGUCCGGGCAACUCAGAUGAAGCUGGGGGGGAAAGAGAAGGCGACUGCUGGACUAGACCCGCGGACAGCCUCACUGAUCCAUGAGCUGGCGGAGAUGAACCAUGCGCUGGAGAGAGACAAGGGCAGGCUGGAAGAAGAGAACAAGUCAGUGAUGGCGAGGCUUCGAGACAUGGAGAAUGCGAUGACUGUGCCCUUGAGGGGCAGGGACCAGGAGGCUGUAAACUUCGGGCGGCUGCGAGAGGAGCUGAUCAAGAGCCAGCGGGUGAUGGAGGAGUUGUCGGACAAGAUCAGGCAGAAGGAAAGUGAAGCUCAGGUGGCGAACUCGCGCAAGGAGUCGAUCCUCGCGUCCUACGAGCAGCUGCAGGAGAGGUUGAAGAUGAUGGAAGCCCAGCACGAGGAAACGCCGAAGCCGGAGUAUGUUGACUCGUUGGAGAGGGCGAUGUGGAGCAUGGAGAAGGAGAUGGCGCAAAUCAAGCACAGGCUGAAGAGCGACCUCAAUGUGUUCAAGGACCUCGGCCUUCUCCUCGGCACGCAGGACCACAGCAAUUUCAUCCCCACCAUCCGAGAUCUGAAGAAGAAGGCGGCGGAGAUGGAGGUUAUGGCGGGAAGAAUCCAUGAAGUCUUCAUGGAGCUGCCCAUGGAGGAACGAGUUUCUUGCGGUGAAGUGAAGAGCGAAGACUGGGACUUGAUGUUGACGUUGCUGGCUGAGAGAAAAUAUGGUACAAAGAUCACGCUCGAUGCUCGGAAAUUUCAGGAGGAGCAGACACAGGAACAGGAAAAUCUCAGGAGGAAGGAGGAGGACCAGAAGCUGGUCGGGAAGGAGGAAGAAGCGGAGGCGAUCGCUGUGCUUGCUGAGAUCGAAGCUGUGCUUUCACAGCGCGUCAGCCCCUUGGCCCUCAACGCCAUCAAAGCCGGCAAGAAGCAUGGCGAUGCUCACGUGCUCGGCUCUCAGGGCAAGGAGGUGGUGGAGGAAGUGAGAGACUUGGUAGCGUACGAGCGUUGCUGUCUGGCGCGUACAUUUCUGGAGGGUGAGGAGGAGGAGGAGAAAGAGGAAGAGAAGGUCUGCAGAGAGCUGCUGAUGCAGGUCCAAGCUCUCCUUGGGGUCGACUCUGUCUCGAGCAUCCUCCCCAAGAUCUCUUGGAUGAGGGAGAUGGCCAAGGAAGCAGAUCGUGCUCGCGCGUCCCUGCUUCUCAUGCUACAGCUGCCGCUCGAUGCUUCCUGGCAAGACUGUAUGCUGGCUCUCAAGCGGGUCGGCACUGAUUCGAAGCCUCUGGCUCCGGAUGAACCUCCUUCAACUCAGGAAGUCGCAAAGACUCCGAGCCCCGACAAGCAAGUACGACCCGUGGAGACUGAGCCUUAUAGCACAAAGGAGGAGGAGCAGGAGGAGCAGGAGCGGGAGCAGCAGGAGUAUGAUCAUGAGCAAGAGAAGAAGGUUCAUUGCGUCAGACCAGCGUCAGCGAGGAGGCAGAAGCCGGUAGCCUGGGAGCUCAGGUUGGAUUCGCACAGGAGCAUGAGCAUGCGCGAGGACAUGUCCAAGGGAGCGCCUGGGGCUCACCAUGACCUGAGAAGGAGCCUCCAAGUUACGCUGGUUCCCUUACCCGAGGAGGACCCCAGCUCGUCUUCUCCCCGGGCUUCCCAGGGAGUCUUGCAAGAAGCCUGCGGUCGCCACCUCCUCGCUCGCGCGCGCAUGUCGGCGGGUACGGCACUGCAGCCUCCUCGUCGCUGGAGGCCUCGGCCGGUGAGCUCGACCAGCCUCGUGCAGGCUGCGGGGAAGAAUGGGACGAGAACGUCGCAGAGGAUGAGAAGUCAGCGGUGA